AAUCCCUACUUAUGUCAAUCAAAAUCUAAAAAUACUCUUCUCCAAGGGAAUAAAAUCAUACAAUUCCAAUUUUUGUAUGAAAUCCUGCCAAAGGAGAAAUCUGAACACAAUAAAACAUGUCAUAACAAACUCCAGAAUCCAUCAGUCCCAUAGAAGUUGUAUAUCUAAUUGUAGUACCAUUAGUUCAUUAAAGAAUUUAUAUAUAGACAAAUAAGGAGGCAUGGCGAGUAUAACAACCAUAAAUUGGCUUUUUAUAUGUGGCCUAUUUUUCUGUUUGGGCGGUGUUGCGGUGCUAAGUUUUAUGUCCUUACCUUCAGAUUGCAUUUGUCCCAUAAGCAGACCAAAGCCUAAAGAAUCUUCCGACUUGUUGAACAAACCACCGGAUCAGUUACAAGUUGUACAUAAGUUAGCCAUUUUAGUGCCAUUUCGAGAUCGUUUUGAGGAGCUAUUACAAUUUGUGCCACACAUGACAAAGUUCCUAAAGAAACAAAAUGUCAAUCACCAUAUUUUUGUUUUAAAUCAGGUGGAUCGUUACCGCUUUAACCGUGCCUCUCUGAUAAAUGUUGGCUUUCGUUUUGUUAGCGGUGUCUAUGAUUAUGUUGCCAUGCAUGAUGUCGAUUUGUUGCCUUUGAAUGAUGAUCUACAUUAUGAGUAUCCAAGUGAUGCUGGCCCAUUACAUAUUGCCGCACCAGAUUUACACCCGAAAUAUCACUAUGAAAACUUUGUGGGAGGCAUACUGUUGGUGAGAAAUGAUCAUUUUGAAAAAAUGAAUGGAAUGUCAAAUAAGUACUGGGGAUGGGGUUUAGAAGAUGAUGAAUUUUUUGUACGAAUCAGAGACGCCGGUUUAAAGGUGACAAGGCCGCAGGGUAUCAAGACUGGAGUAAACAAUACAUUUAACCAUAUACACAAUCGUUACCAUCGUAAACGUGAUACACAAAAGUGUUUUAAUCAAAAAGAAGUAACCCGUAGACGAGAUCGCGAAACGGGUCUGAAUACUCUACAGUACAAAAUAACCAAGGUUCAUGACAUGUUUAUCGACGGCACACAGAUAACAGUGCUCAACAUUGAACUGGAAUGUGAUUUGGAUAAAACACCGUGGUGUGACUGCAGUGGUAAUGCCCAGGCUGCCGCGGAAGAACAAAUGAAACAGUGAUAAUAACAAAUAAAAUGUCAUAAGUAAUACAAAACUUUUUGUCCUAUAAA